AUGGCCAUCUUCUGCGACUACGGCAACAUCGUAGUUAUCUCAAACGAUCACAGCAAUGUCGUGGUCAUCUCCUGCGAUUACGGCAACAUCGUAGUUAUCUCAAACGAUCACAGCAAUGUCGUGGUCAUCUCCUGCGAUUACGGCAACAUCGUAGUUAUCUCAAACGAUCACAGCAAUGUCGUGGUCAUCUCCUGCGAUUACGGCAACAUCGUCGUUAUCUCAAACGAUCACAGCAAUGUCGUGGUCAUCUCCUGCGAUUACGGCAACAUCGUAGUUAUCUCAAACGAUCACAGCAAUGUCGUGGUCAUCUCCUGCGAUUACGGCAACAUCGUCGUUAUCUCAAACGAUCACAGCAAUGUCGUGGUCAUCUCCUGCGAUUACGGCAACAUCGUAGUUAUCUCAAACGAUCACAGCAAUGUCGUGAUCAUCUCCUGCGAUUACGGCAACAUCGUCGUUAUCUCAAACGAUCACAGCAAUGUCGUGGUCAUCUCCUGCGAUUACGGCAACAUCGUCGUUAUCUCAAACGAGCACAGCAAUGUCGUGGUCAUCUCCUGCGAUUACGGCAACAUCGUAGCUAUCUCAAACGAUCACAGCAACGUCGUUGUCAUCUCCCACGAUUACGGCAACAUCAUUAUCGUCUAUCGCGAUACAUCGUGGUAA